CAGAAGGCAAAGCUUGGGCAGAGCUGCAGAGAGGACUCACACUGCAAGAGGACAGAAACAUUAAACCCUCUUCCACUCAGGCUCAGAGGAGAUGGCUCAGAAGAAAGCAGUCUUAUUCAACUUCUGGGGAGUAACAGUUUCUACCAGACAUGAAGUAUUCAACAAGUUGGAGAAGCUGCAUAACCUGCCAGGGGGCUUUCUGUCCAGUGUGGUGUCUCAUAAAGACAGCGCCAUGACCCAGGCAGAGAGAGGACAGUUAACACUUACUCAGCUGAUGCCAGCAUUGGAGGCAGACUGUGCAAAGGAGGCCCAGGUCAGGGGCCUGACUCUGCCUUCUGGUUGGUCAGCUGGAGACCUUCUGGAGGAACUCAGAGAGGCGAUGAUGGACGUCCGAGCCGCUGUGCUGCAGACAGCUGCCAUGCUGCAUCAGAAAGGUUUCCUGACAGCUGUGCUGGCCAAUGAUUGGGUAGAUGACAGCUCAGCUGGAGACCAUCCAGCCCGCCUUCUGUCUCUGCUGGCCAGCCAUUUUGACCUGGUCCUCCAGUCCUGCCGUGCCGGUCACAGGGUCCCUGAGCCUGAGAUGUUCAGCUCUGCUCUUCAGCACCUGGAAGUGACAUCACAACAGGCUCUGUGGCUGGAUGCUGAGGAGGAAAGUGUGAGGGCAGCUGAGGCAGCAGGGAUGGAGGCCAUUUUGGUGAAGAAUCUGGAUGAUGCUCUGAACAAACUGGCCAAAAUCACUGGAGUUCAGGCUGUUGGAGCAGAGUGUCCUCCACCUUCCUGCAGCCCUGAGGAAGUCUCUCAUGGAUACAUCACCCUCAAGCCUGGUGUGAGGACUCAUUAUGUUGAGAUGGGCUCGGGCCCGCCAGUUCUGCUGUGUCACGGCUUCCCGGAGAGCUGGUACUCCUGGAGGUAUCAGAUCCCAGCCAUUGCUGCAGCAGGGUUCAGAGUGUUGGCUCCGGACAUGAAGGGCUACGGAGAGUCCACAGCGCCUCCUGACAUUGAGGAAUAUUCUCAGGAGCAGCUAUGCAAGGAUUUGAUCACAUUCUUGGACAAAAUGUCCAUACCACAAGUCACUCUGGUGGGUCAUGACUGGGGUGGCGCCCUGGUGUGGACCAUGGCUCAGUUUUACCCUGAGAGAGUCAGGGCUGCAGCGUCUCUGAACACACCUCUGUUUCGUGUUGGUUCGGCUGCUGAAGACAAACUGAAGUCUCUUCCCAUUUUUGACUACCAGAUCUACUUCCAGAAGCCCGGUGUUGCAGAGGCCGAGCUCGAGAAAGACUUGGCGAGGUCGUUCAAGAUUUUGUUUUCUAGCAGUGCUGAAGCAGCGCAGCGCCCGGCUCUCAGCAGUGAAGGCGUCUGUGCUCGAGGCGGGCUGUUUGUGGGUCUGCCAGAGCAGAUCCCUCGCAGCUCCAUGCUGACAGAGGCAGAUCUGCAGUACUACGUCAGCCAGUUCAAAGAGCGAGGCUUCAGGAGGCCGUUGAAUUGGUAUCGUAACAACGAGGCAAACCAGAAGUGGAUGCGCUCUCGACCUGUUACAAAGCCACUGAUGCCUGCACUGAUGGUUACAGCGGGUAAAGAUGUGGUCCUGCUGCCAGAGUUAACCACAGGGAUGGAAGAAGUGUUCCCUAACCUGAGCAGAGGACACAUCGAGGAGUGUGGACACUGGACUCAGAUGGAAAGGCCAGCAGAGACGAACAGCAUCCUGAUAAAGUGGCUGAAAAAAGCACACGAGAAAGCUGGAGGUGUUAGUGUAGCACCCAAACUGUGAGGGUGAAAGGAAGGAAGGGAGGAAGGGAGGAAGCAAAAGUUGGGAAGAUUAAAAAAGAUUAAGUGAAAGUGCAAAAAGCCUUCUCAAUAAAUGUGAGUGUAACUUUAGCAGAACAAAAAGUUAAUGCAAGCAUAUUUUAGUCAAGAGCAGGAACAACUCAUGGAUGAUAACAAAAUUAAUCCGAAGCCAUUUUUCUAACUUUAGAUUAAUAAAACGUACUACUCAUGAAACAUGUGAGGCUUUUCUGUGGUUUGUAUCGCCUUGAACUCUUUGUUGCUUCGGCCUGUUGGUGGGUGGGAUAAAACAGGACAUUUAAGUGGUUAUUCUGUAACUAAUUUUAGACUACAACACAAAGAAUCCAAAUAAUAAAGUAGGUAAAACAGAAACUUCUCUUGACUGUUGGCUCGGGUAAAGAUGGAUUUAACAGUUUGUGUUUGUAACAAAAAGUUUAUUAAAGCUAAAGAAGAUCAACAGCAGAGGAAUGAAAUAAAACAUAGUAAGAAUAAGGCAACAGAUAAUACAAAUGUGGAAAUAAUUGUAAAUAAAACAUUUUUUUACUUUUACUUUUACUUGAUUUAUCCAGAAUAUUAUACCCUCACCCUUUAUGCACUGGACCCUUCUCUUUAAAAUAAUGUGACUGAAUACUAAGAAUAAAACAUCCUCACAUUCA